UGGGAAGGACUACUAACACAAAACGUAGCACAGACUUAGGUCAGCACAAAGACAGUACAGGACAGACGACAGAGAGCUGUAAAGACAGUACAAACUACAGACAGAGUACAGACGACAGACAGGCAGCAUCACUCUUUGCUAAAUAAAACACAACACACCGGAGUACAGCAAGUGAAUCACGAGCCUGAGACUGACGACUGAGAUUUGGAAUGAUCAUGGCUCAGUUUGGUAAAGCUUGGGAAUCAGUGAGCUAUGUCCAGUCACUAAACUCUGUUGUGCUAGGAAUAGUGGCUCAGAUUAAUGGCUCAGCUACAGCUGAAGAAUUAGAGAUUGUGAAGAAAACCCUGGAGUCUAUUGACAAGGAGUUGGCAGCAGGAAAGGGAUUGAUGAGAGACACUGAUGUCACAAGAUGUGAAGAUGAUAUGACCGUGGUCUACCAGCAGUUGAGUGCUGUGAUUCGAGCGGAGAAGUCUUACUCCGAGAAGGAGAAGGAGGUUUUCCUGCAGUAUGUACAAGAUUACAAGAUUGAAAGACAGGUGAAUGCGCUCUAUAAUCGUCUGCUUGGAAUCUCUGUUCUGGCAGAUCAGGCCACUCUCCUUCAGCAAGUUAUUCAAGAUCACCACCCACGCCGGUGGGAAAUGAUAGCAUUCUGCCAAAAGAUUAAUUUUGUUCUCAGCACAGGCUUGCUGUGUCUUUUUGUACAUGGUUCUUUAACUGGCAGAGACACUCGAUUGAUGAUGGGCAGAUGGACAGACAAGAUGACAGCUCUUUAUCGGAGAAUGGAGGAAACAUCAAAAGAUUGUGCAUCAUAUUUUAAGGAACAGGCCCGAGAAGAUGUGGAAAAGUUUUUGCCAGCCCAUGAGUCCCUCACAGACCAGGAGAAAGCAGUAGCUAUUUUCAAGAUGAUUGAGAAGAACUAUGACUGGCUGCGCUGGGCAGUGAUGGUGUCCCAUCCUUCGGAGGACAAACCUGAGGAGGUCCUAGUAAAUGGCAGUUACAUUUCAGUAAGGGGAGAGUGUGGAACCCAAGUCGUCCUUUGCUACAGUGAGAACCCAGUGUCCUUAGACAAAGGAAAAACACAUCAGUUGAUUGGAGAUCUAGAAUGGAAAAUCCCAAAUCCACCUCCGGAUGUCUAUGCCAACAUUGAGGCCGAUCCAGGUUUUGCCAAGCGCUACCUGGCCCAACGUAUGCUUCAGAAGCUGUCUAAAGGUUUAGGCAAAGGGAUAACCAUUCACACUGUGCCUGGGAAGCUGGAAAUGAGUGGGAACUUCCCCCCAGCUUCUUUUGUCUUAUAUGAAUACAAGCACCGCAUGGCAUAUGGCACAGUCUGUAUCUUUGGGUAAAAAAAAAUAGAAAUUUAAUCUUUUGUUUUUUGCUUUUCAGUAUGUUUCAAAUAAAAUAUUAAUUACACCCCUA